AUGGUGGUAGAAUGGGAAGAAGCAUACAUGGACUACAACUCUCUCAAAGCCACUCUGAAACACAUGUCAAGGUUUAGGGAGUUAAACGAGUCGGCAGCAAUGGCAUUCACCCCGAAAGGGUCAUUGAAGAGAAGGUUAACCCUCUAUAGAGCCUUUAGUGGUCUUACUGGUAGACAAAGAGAGUCUCCUAGGAAGAGUGAGGAUGAAGUUAUACUUGUUCGAGCUGAGGAGGGUGAAGGUUCAGAAGGGUUGUACCAGACCAUGUUCCUCAAGCCUUCUGAAGAAGGGGCAGAGCAAGAUCUUGUAUUUUUCAAGAAACUCGAUCGUGAGUUUAACAAGGUCAAUAACUUCUACAAGAAAAUGGUGAAGAAGAUGGUUGAGGAGGCAGAGGAGUUAAGUAAGCAAAUGAAUGCUUUGAUUGUUCUCAGAAUCAAGGUGGAUAAGGUGAGGUUCAGCAAUGUUGCUAGCAAUGGGAGCUCAAAUUCAAUUUCCCUGAAUGGUCAUAUAAAUGAUGCCAGACCUGGUCACUCACGUGUGCACAUGGAUGUGAUUCAUGAAAUUGAAUUGAGCAAUGAAAGGCAUUUGGAAAAUGAAAGUGGAAACUGCGAGGUACAAGCCACUUCUAAGACUUCGGAAGAAGGCUUUAGACCAGCUUCGAUGGAGAUCCUUGAUCGUGUGAAGAUCAACAUGACCACAGCAGAUUCUCCUAUAUCAACCAUAAAAGGGCUUCUCCCGAGUUCAAAACCUAACCAAUCAUUUAGCAGGAAAGAGCUCACGAAAGCGGAGGAACAAAUAAGCAUAGCCUUAAAGGAAUUCUAUCACAAGCUUCGACUUCUAAAAAGCUAUAGUUUCUUAAACUUGUUGGCAUUCUCCAAAAUCAUGAAGAAAUAUGACAAGGUCAGUUCAAGGAAUGCAUCAAAGGAUUAUUUAAAGAUGGUGGACAGUUCAUAUGUUGGCAGCUCAGAUGAGGUUAAUAGGCUCAUGGAAAGGGUUGAACAUGCCUUCAUUAAGCACUUUGCAAAUGGGAAUCACAGGAAAGGAAUGAACACAUUGAGACCAACUAUUAAGAAGGAGAGACAUAGGAUCACAUUCUUACUGGGGUUAUUUACUGGAUGCUCAAUUGCCCUCAUUGUGGCUCUUAUUAUACUCAUACAUGCAAGAAAUAUUUUAUAUAGCGAGGGACGUACUAGAUAUAUGGACAACAUAUUUCCUCUUUAUAGCCUCUUUGGAUACAUAGUCUUGCAUAUGAUCAUGUACUCUGCAAAUGUAUACUUCUGGAGGCGUUAUAAAAUCAACUACCCCUUUAUAUUUGGCUUCCAGAAAGGAACAGAAUUGGGAUAUAGAGAAGUCUUUCUUCUUAGCUCCGGCCUUGCAGUACUCUCAUUGGCUGCAGUCCUGUCAAACUUGGAUAUGGAGAUGGAUCAGAGAACAAAAAGUUUCUCAGCAUUCACAGAAUUAGUCCCUUUAGGCCUUGUCAUUGUUCUGCUUCUCAUUACAUUUUGUCCCUUCAACAUCAUUUAUAAAUCCAGUCGCUUGUUCCUUAUUCGAUGUGCAUUUCAUUGUGUUUGUGCUCCUCUUUACAAGAUCAAUCUCCCAGACAAUUUCUUGGCAGACCAGCUUACCAGCCAGGUACAAGCCUACAGAAGUUUGGAAUUCUAUGUCUGCUACUAUUUCUGGGGAAACUUCAAGUCCAGGUCAAACAAGUGCCUCGAAAGUGAUGUCUAUAGAGCAUUUUAUUUAAUUGUAGCUAUUAUUCCAUUCUGGAUCCGUUGUCUCCAGUGCUUUCGACGCUUACUUGAAGAUAGAGAUAUAAUGCACGGUCUCAAUGGGCUAAAGUACAUCUCAACAAUAGUAGCACUUGUCAUGAGGACUACCAAUGAGUUCCAUAAAGGAAUGGUUUGGCAAAUUCUAGCUGCAACUUCUUCAAGCCUUGCAACCAUUGUUAAUACAUAUUGGGAUGUUGUCAUAGACUGGGGUUUGCUUAGAAGGAAUUCAAAAAAUCCAUGGUUGAGAGAAAAACUCUCCAUACCAAACAGAAGUGUAUAUUUUGCUGCUAUGGUGUUGAAUGUUGUACUGCGACUUGCAUGGAUGCAAUCUGUUUUAGGCAUCAGGGAAGCUCCUUUCCUGCAUAGAACUGCUUUGACUGCUCUUGUAGCUUGCUUGGAGAUCCUUCGCCGUGGCAUUUGGAAUUUUUUCAGGUUGGAGAAUGAGCACUUGAACAAUGUUGGCAAUUAUCGAGCAUUCAAAUCAGUACCACUACCUUUUAGUUAUGAAGAUGAGGAAGAGAUUACUGUCAUAUGA